AUGGCAGCGGUUCACGGAAACCCCUCAGCCAGAGAAGAGGAGAAUUUUACCCACAAGCGCGUGCACCCCCAACUCGCCCACCACAGACACUUACCCCGGGAGCCUCUGCCUCCCGCUCUCCUCAGCGGCGACAGGGAAAGAGAGGUGGCUAAAGCUCUGCCGGGCCUGGAGAGUUCUGUUUCGGGCGAGCUUCACAGAGCCUUUGGCAGGGGACGACUGGCAGGCACAGAGGUGGACACUCCCGUCCUGUUCUCUGGGGCACAGAAUGGGACUUGGAGAUCAAGUUCCGGAGAAGGAUAUAUCUGUAUGGCUGUCCUGAUGGCAUUUCAAAUUCAUUAUGCAGCCAGAGGAUGGCAGGGCGCUGCUGAAAGUCUGUGGGGAGCCGGGGCUGAAGUUCCCAAGGCACGAUUCCAUGCUGAGAAGGAGCCGGGAGGCCCUUCGCUCUGCCGGCUCAGGAUGGACAGACCUCCGCUGCCCGAGAGCAACGUAACCUCAGAUGAUGGCCAGCCAGAGGUUGUUAGAGAAGCAUCGAGACGGCUUUCAAGAGAACAGAUCUCUAUUCUGAUAUCAGCAGCUUCCAUUAAUUUAGGAUCAAUGAUGUGCUACUCAAUACUGGGACCAUUUUUCCCUAAUGAGGCUGAAAAAAAAGAUGUCAGCAAUACAGUCAUUGGAAUGAUCUUUGGAUGCUUUGCUUUGUUCAACUUGCUCUCAUCCUUGUUAUUUGGGAAAUAUCUUGUACAGAUUGGAGCUAAGUUCAUGUUUGUGGCAGGAAUGUUUGUCUCAGGAGGAGCUACAGUUCUCUUUGGUAUGUUGGAUCGAGCUCCCGAUGGACCAAUAUUUAUUACUAUGUGUUUUCUUGUGAGAGUGGUGGACGCGAUAAGCUUUGCUGCAGCAAUAACUGCAUCAUUUUCUCUUCUUGCAAAAGCUUUUCCAAAUAACGUAGCUACAGUAAUGGGAAGUCUUGAAAUUUUUUCUGGCCUUGGCCUAGUUUUAGGACCUCCACUAGGUGGUUUCUUAUACCAAACCUUUGGCUAUGAGGUGCCAUUUAUUUUUCUUGGAUGCCUAGUUCUACUGAUGGUACCACUCAACAUGUGUAUUUUACCUAAUUAUGAUGCUUCUCCUAGUGAACACUCUUUCUGGAAACUUGUUACUCUACCGAAGGUUGUUCUUAUAUCAUUUGUCAUCAUUUCGUUGAGUGGAGGUUUUGGAUUCUUGGAUCCUACUCUGUCUCUCUUUGUAUUGAAUAAAUUUAAUUUGUCAGCAGGAUAUGUGGGGCUCGUAUUUCUGGGGCUGGCAUUAUCAUAUUCCAUUUCUUCACCCCUUUUUGGACUGCUAAGUGACAAAGUACCAUAUCUAAGGAAAUGGCUUCUGGUUUCUGGAAACAUAAUAACAGCAGUAUGCUAUAUGCUUUUAGGACCUGUUCCAAUCUUACAUAUCAAGAGUCAGCUGUGGCUAUUAGUCCUAGUACUGGUUGUGAAUGGUGUCUCUGCUGGCAUGAGUAUAAUACCAACUUUCCCAGAGGUACUCAGUUGUGCAUAUGAAAAUGGAUUUGAAGAAGGAUUGAGUACAUUGGGACUUGUGUCUGGGCUUUUUGGUGCAAUGUGGUCACUUGGAGCAUUCAUAGGACCAACACUAGGUGGAUUUUUAUAUGAAAAAAUUGGUUUUGAAUGGGCUGCAGCUAUACAAGGACUCUGGGCUCUAAUCACUGGAUUGGCAAUGGGACUAUUUUAUAUUCAGGAGCACUGGCGAAGAAAGAGAUAUGAACUGCAAAAUACCCUCAGCACUGAAGAAGAAAGAGAAGAAAGAACAUCCCUGUUGCCCCAUAGGAUAUAGCCUUACAUACUUCAUAUUGAUAUUGAUAGCCUGAAGCUAAAGUCUAGUUACUUUUAGAAAUCAGAAAUUCUUUUUUUUUUUCUGAAACAAGGGCUCACAAGCACAACCCAGGGCCUCCAAACCUACCUUCUGACUGUGUUGACACUACCUUUUGAAUGAUCCAGAGCAAAGCUUCAAGUGCCCUGAUAAGUUUACUAACCUUGAUAUAUUUCAUGCACAUUGUACAUAACAAAUGAUGGAAAGUUUUUGUAUCUGUUUUUAACUGAAUGUCAAAGCUCCAUGCUUUUUGCCCUGAGCUGUUGAAUGUAUUCAUGUUUUUUACCACAGUGUAUGUUUAAUCAUAAGUGCAAUCAUUUUGUAAAUGCACCUUUAUAAAGGGUUUGGGGAGGGAAUAACUUAACUUUAUCUCUAGAUAAGUCAGACAAAAUGGAUAACCUCAGUAAACUUAAUGUUAACUCAAAACUGUGAAAAAUGAAUUUGAAAUUAAUAAUUAACUUGAAAUAUUGUGUUGAACUCAUUUAUCUACCUAUUUCAGAAUGAAAAAUUCCUUCAUAUUGGGAUGUAAAUCUAAAAGAUCCCUUCUUUCUUUAAUAAAAAAGAAAAGAAAAGAAUAACAUGUACUUUGGAAAGGCACCUGAAUAACAUAACUUAAAUUUGUCUUUUUAUAACAGUUUCUCCAAUUCCAAUUAUGGACUUGUGUGUGUAUACAAUACGAUUAUCCCAGCUCAGCAACUUCAGAUUCCAUUUCCUCAUCUAUAAAAUGGAGAGACCUUCUGUAUUUUUGUUAAAAUAAUAGGUUUGAAAACUCCUUUAAAUUAAAAACCCU